AUGUCAUCCAGACAGGUCGUGAAGAAGAUAUUUGCAAAUUUUGAGAAUAGUAACGAUGGUGUCAUUAGACAAGGAAUUACCAAGAGUGACCAUGAGUUACUGGACCCGUUCGUGUCGCUUGCUGAAUUUUCUGUUUCACCUCCAGGUGGAUUCCGAGAUCAUCCUCAUAGAGGUUUUGAGAGUGUUACAUACAUGUUAGAGGGAGGCCUCAUUCACCAAGACUUCAAUGGUAACAAGGGUACAGUCCAUGAAGGAGAUGUUCUGUGGACGACAGCAGGAAGAGGAAUCAUUCAUUCUGAAAUGCCUAAAGAACACACUAACAUUGGCUUACAGCUUUGGGUCAACCUCCCUUCAAGUGACAAAAUGAUCGACCCAGCAAACGUAGAAAUAUCGAGUUCUGAGAUGCCAGUAGCAUAUGAAGAAGGAGUAGAGGUCAAAGUCAUAGCAGGAGUGUCAAUGGGAGUCCAAUCUCCUUUCUACACAAGGACACCAAUCAUGUUCCUUGACAUAAUUCUCCAGCCAAGGUCUCAAACUCACCAGACUAUUCCGGAGACGUGGACCGCCUUUGCAUACGUUUUAGAUGGCAAUGAAGGCGUGUUUGGGUCCUCAGACUCUUAUGCAGUGCAAGCACACACUCUUGUGGUGUUUGGAACAGGAGAUGAAGUUAGCGUGUGGAAUACGUCAAACUAUAGGCCGUUGAGGUUCUUGUUGAUUGCAGGAGAACCGAUUGGGGAGUCUGUGGUUCAACACGGGCCAUUUGUGAUGAACACACAAGCUGAGAUUGAUAGGACCAUAUGGGACUAUCGCAAUGGCCAGAAUGGCUUUGAGAUGGCUAUUAAGUACUGGAGGUCAGAAUGA